UCUAUUUCCGCUUCCGGUUUCCCUCCGGCGCCAUGGCGACCGUCUGGGGAUGGAAAUAUUUACCAGCAUUAUGCAGGUGCCGCCGCGGUCUUGGUCUGGCUCCUCGAUCCCGAGCUCUCAGCGCCCUCGUGCCCGGUGUAUCGCAGGUGGAUAACACAUCCGAUUUUCUGGGGAAGAAGCCGCAUCGCCGACACCCCGGAAUCCUGAAGCUGCGGUGCGUGCAGCUGCCGAAAGCACUGACGGACGCCGCACGGUCGCUGCUGCAGGAGAGCUUGGUGCCCAGUGUGGAGACGCAGGUACAAGCACUGACCAAUUAUCUCUGGAGCCGGCAUUUACCUGUAGAGCCAGAAGAGUUACAGCGACGGGCCGUAGAACUUGAGAAUAAAAUACUGGAAACUCCAGACUUAUCUCUGACUGAGGAGAAACUUCGUGGGACGGUGCUGCGUACUCUGCGCAAAACUACCUACCAUUGGCAAGAAGUGAGCUACAAUGAGGGACUGAGCCUGUUGUACAUGGCCGCAAGACUAGAUGGUGGCUUUGCAGCAGUCUCCAGAGCUUUCCAUGAGAUCCAGGCUCGAGUUCCAGACUUCCAACCACAAACUUUAAUGGACUUUGGCUGUGGUACUGGCUCUGUUACCUGGGCUGCUCAUAAUAUUUGGGGCCAGAGCUUACAAGAAUAUUUGUGUGUGGACAAAUCAGCCGCCAUGCUGAAUUUGGCAGAAAAGCUACUGAAAGGUGGCUCAGAAUCUGGGGAUCCUUGUAUUCCAGGUGUUUUUUUUAGACAGUUUCUGCCUGUGUCACCCAAGGUACAGUUUGAUGUGGUGGUAUCAGCCUUUUCCCUAAGUGAGCUGCCCAGCAAGACUGACCGCCAUGAAACAGUUCAAACCUUAUGGCGCAAGACAGGUCGUUUUCUGGUAUUGGUGGAGAAUGGAACAAAAGCUGGUCACCACCUUCUCAUGGAUGUCAGGGACCUGAUCCUGAAGGGAAAAGAGAAUUCACCUUUAAACCCUCAACCAGCUUUUGUCUUUGCCCCAUGCCCUCAUGAGCUUCCUUGUCCCCAGUUGGCCUGUAGUUUUUCCCAGGCUUACCACCCCAUCCCUUUCAGCUGGAGCAAGCAGCCAAAGGAAGAAAAGUUCUCAAUGGUCAUUCUUGCUCGGGGGUCUCCGGAAGAGGCCAACCGCUGGCCCCGGAUCACUCAGCCUGUCCUUAAGCGGCCUCGCCACGUGCAUUGUCACCUGUGCUGUCCAGAUGGGCAUAAGCAGCAUGCCAUCGUCACAGCCCGACGGCAUGGCAGGGAUCUGUACCGCUGUGCUCGUGUCAGUUCCUGGGGGGACCUUUUACCUGUGACCACUUCAUCUGAGCUUCCUGCUGAAGACGUGCCUGAGAGCUGACAAGGAAUGUAUAAUGAGGAUUUUCUUCAGUCGUGCCUGCCAAGGUCCAAUUUACCUGGUAUCCAGGACAAGGGGUGCUGGGACCCUUACACGUCUGUUUAUUUGAGGUUUUAAUAAUAGUAAUAAAAAGUUUUCAAGUAAUAAAAUGGA